AUGAUUUAUAAUGAAUUUGAACAAUUGAACCAUUUACCAAUCUUUAUUGAUGAAUGUGAUCCUGCUGUUGAUACAACUCAUGGUGUUUACGAUAAUUCUAAUUAUAUCAUAUAUAAUACAGAAUAUUAUCCUUGUAUUGUUGCAUCCAUGAUGUUUCAUAUAUUAUCUUUAUCUAGUCGAAUUCAACUAAUAAUACAUUGGUCAUUUUAUAUGGAAGGAAAAAGAUUAUUUGAAGGUAAUCGCACUCUUAUGACAAACUAUAAAUUACAUUUACCUAUUUUAUCUGAUUUGAAAUUAUUUGGGAAAUUAAAAUAUAAACUAUUAUUUAUAGAAAUAAAUUAA